UUUGAGGACGUCCCGGUCUCUCCCCUUCGUGCCGCCGCCCUCGAACUGACUUGGAGGAAGUGAUCUGCGGCCGGGGCGGGGAGCCCGGCGCUGGGUGCGCGAGGGCGCGAGCGGCAACUGUCCCGACCGGCUGCGGAGAACCCGCGGCUCGCCCGGGUGGAGCCGGGAUCGGAGGGCUGGGGGCGCGGCGGCCACUCCGGGAGGUCGGGCGGCGAGCGUGACCUCACUGGGAGGGGCCAGCGCGCAGUCCGGGCUCAGAACCCAUCGCAGAGAGCGCCGUGCGGAGCGGAUCGCAGCAGCGCCAGGGGCGCACGCCGUGGCCGGGAUGGAGCGCUACAAAGCCCUGGAACAGCUGCUGACAGAGCUCGAUGACUUCCUCAAGGUUCUAGACCAGGAGAACCUGAGCAGCUCAGCUGUGGUGAGGAAGAGCGGCUUGGCAGAGCUCCUGCGGCUUUACACCAAGAGUGGCAGUUCUGAUGAGGAGUAUAUUUACAUGAACAAAGUGUCAGUCAACAGGGAACAGAACUCAGCAUCUCCACAUGAAGCGCCCGAGCAGCAGGGUCCCCUGGCCAAUGGGGAGCCCAGCCAGCACUCCUCAGCCCCACAGAAGAGCCUUCCAGAUCUUCCUCCACCCAAGAUGAUUCCAGAGCGGAAGCAGCUGGCCGUCCCAAAGAUUGAGUCUCCCGAGGGCUACUAUGAAGAGGCUGAGCCAUAUGACACAUCCAUCAACGAGGACGGCGAGGCCGUGAGCAGCUCCUACGAGUCCUAUGAUGAAGAGGAGAACAGCAAAGGCAAGGCAGCCCCCUACCAGUGGCCCUCGCCUGAGGCCAGCAUUGAGCUGAUGCGUGACGCCCGCAUCUGUGCCUUCCUGUGGCGCAAGAAGUGGCUGGGCCAGUGGGCCAAGCAGCUCUGUGUGAUCAGGGACACCAGGCUCUUGUGCUACAAAUCGUCCAAAGAUCACAGCCCUCAGCUGGACGUGAACUUGCUGGGCAGCAGUGUUGUGCACAAGGAGAAACACGUUCGGAAGAAAGAGCACAAGCUGAAGAUCAUGCCGAUGAAUGCCGACGUGAUUGUGCUGGGCCUGCAGAGCAAGGACCAGGCUGAGCAGUGGCUUCGGGUCAUCCAGGAGGUGAGUGGCCUGCCUUACGAAGGAGCCGCAGAGGGAAACCAAUACACGCCAGACGCCCUGCGCCUGAAUUGUCACAAACCAGAUAUAGCUGAGAAAUACGUGUCAGCUUCGGAGUGUGGGAGCUCCGCUGAUGGCCACCCUGAGGUUCCAGAGACCAAAGACGUCAAGAAGAAAUGUUCGGCUGGCCUCAAACUGAGCAACCUAAUGAACCUGGGCAGGAAGAAGUCUACCUCGAUGGAGCCCCCAGAACGGACCCUCGAGACACCUAGCUACCUGAAUGUGCUUGUGAACAGCCAGUGGAAGUCACGUUGGUGCUUUGUUAAAGACAGCCACCUGCACUUCUGCCAGGACCGGAACCGAAGCAAGGCGGCCCAGCAGCCCCUGAGCUUGGUGGGCUGUGAAGUAGUUCCAGACCCCAGCCCCGACCACCUGUAUUCCUUCCGUAUCCUCCACAACGGCGAGGAGCUGGCCAAGCUUGAGGCCAAGUCCUCGGAGGAGAUGGGCCACUGGCUAGGCCUCCUGCUCUCAGAGUCAGGCUCCAAGACAGACCCAGAAGAAUUCACCUAUGACUAUGUGGAUGCUGAAAGGGUUUCCUGUAUCGUGAGUGCGGCCAAAACCUCUCUCUUACUGAUGCAGAGGAAGUUCUCAGAGCCCAACACAUACAUAGACGGCUUGCCCAGCCGGGACUGCCCGGAAGAGCUGUAUGAUGACGUCGAGAUGUCCGAGCUGACAGUGGUGGAGCCUCCCCAGGAAGCCACGCCCACUGCUGUAGACACUAACGGUGAGAGUGAACUUGACCGAGUGUACCUGGAUCUCACACCUGUCAAGUCCUUCCUGCACAGCCCCGAUGCGGUACAGGCCUCUCUCCCAGCACUGCCCCAGCUGGAUGACCUGGCUGAGACCCUCACAGUAGACCCAGACCCAGGCGUCACCCCAGAGGAGCCCCACACGGGGUCUCCAGAAAGCCUGGAGGACCAGCAGAGGCAACCCGAGAGUCAGGUGUCCUUGGAGCCCACGGAGCCCAGCUUGAGGGUCACCACAGUUACACUGCAGGCUGAGCAGCAGAGAAUAUCCUUCCCAGCUAAUUGCCUGGACACGGUGACUUCUGCCCCCAGUGCCAGCCCACCGGUGAAGGACAAGCUCAGGGUGACCAGUGCAGAGAUCAAGCUUGGGAAGAACCGGACAGAGGCUGAGGUGAAACGGUACACGGAGGAGAAGGAGAGGCUGGAGAGGAGGAAGGGGGAGAUCCGGGGGCACCUGGCUCAGCUCCGCACCGUGAGGAGAGAGCUCAAAGAGACCCUGCUAAGAUGCACAGAUAAAGGUGUCCUGGCUGACCUGGAGCAGAAGCUGAAGAAAGUGGAUGAGGAAUGCCGGAUGGAGGAGAGCAGGCGUGUGGACCUUGAGCUCAGUAUCAUGGAGGUGAAGGACAACCUGAAGAAGGCUGAGGCCGGGCCUGUGACAUUGGGCACCACUGUGGACACCACCCACCUGGACAACAUGAGCCCUCGACCACACCCCAAAGCUACCACUACCACUCCUGAUUCUACCCCAGUCAACUCGGCAUCCGUGCUCAAGAACAGGCCUCUCUCUGUCAUGGUCACAGGCAAAGGCACUGUCCUGCAGAAAGCCAAGGAAUGGGAGAAGAAAGGAGCCAGUUAGGAAGCAAGAAGACGCUAAUGUCAGUAUGGACCUUGGUGACAAUCCUGCUUGGGUCACGUCUCCGAUGUACAGCAUAAGGAAGGAGGGGUGAGUCUGAGCAGAAGAAAAAGCGAGGAAUGAGGUGCCAGGACUAGAGCUCCAGUUAGAGGGAGGCACCAUCCCCUUUCCAAGCCAAAGGGAAUACGUCAGCGGCUUCCUUGAAGACCUAAGUCUGUUGGCUGUCAACACGACAUUGUACUUUUUUUUUAAAGAUCUCAUCCAUCAGUCUAUUGCUUUAUCAAAGUUUUUAAGUAGUGAAAAAAAAUGGCCAUGUGGCUUUGGUGACAAGAAAAUCUAAACUUCUGACCCUUAUCCUGUAAUUGACAACAUUAAGGGUUGAAUCAUUCUUGUCUCUACACUGGUGGGCCCCGCUGUGGUCUCUGAUGACCUUAAAGAGCAGUCCUGAUUCAACUGCCUUUAAGAGACAAAUUCUUAAACAAUGCUGUAUUGUGUAGGGGAAAUUCCCUGUGUUUACAGACCCCCAUCCUGCGGCCAGGCCACUUUUGAGAGUAAAAGAGUCAUCAGUGACCUCUUCAUUCCCAUUUUAAAGACAUUUUAAAUUUCUGGUCCCCUUGCAAGAAAAACAGUUGUGAGUUAGAGUAGCCUCUCUCGUCUGUUGGGAUUGGCAGCCAGUGCUGUCUUUUUGUGGUCUGCCUCUCUCCAUGAUGGCAUUAACACAGGUUGAAACAUUUCAUCUAUCACCCACCCCAUUUCUGGUCAUUCAGAAACAGUUAUAGAACACUGGUUCCUGAAGGCUAAAUAUUUUUAUGCAUAUUGUCUUUCUAAUUCCAGGGCAUUUAUUUCCUGUGUCAUAAAUGCUUGGUGACCUUUACCAAGUGGUGAAUUAGAUUUUUUU